CUGCAUUUCACAAGCUCCGAUGCGAAAGCCGCUGCAACGGGGAGGCGGUCUUUCCUUCAAAAGGGUAUGAUUAACUAUUUUUGCUUCGAUGGCUGCGAAUCGAAAUACAAUAGUAAUAACCUAACUAACUGGGCUGUUCAAUCCUUUAACAUUACUCUCUGAGUCUCAUACCAGCUGUUGACAGUUGGAAAGUGUACCCACAUAGUUCAUCGAAUAACUCGCAUAUUCAUGGCACAGGAGAACGUGGAUCCCUACCUGGUACAAUUUGCACCAGACGACAAGGAAAACCCAAAGAACUGGAGCAGACGCAGACGUUGGUAUCUGACAUAUUUCGCGGGCCUAUUGGGAUUUAAUGCCACAUUUGCUUCUUCGGCGCCUUCCGGCAUUGCUACACAACUGAUGGCUCAGUUCAAGCUCUCUGAAGAGGUAGCUGCAUUGACGAUCUCGCUUUUUGUAGCGGGAUAUUGUGUUGGACCCCUUUUCUGGGGCCCACUAUCAGAGCAGUAUGGCAGAAGGUUGAUAUUCCUUGUCACCUUUCCGGUAUACGUUUGUUUCCAAAUUGGUUGUGCACUAUCGAAGAAUACAGCAUCCAUUAUCAUAUUUCGUUUGCUUGGCGGUCUGUUCGCUGCCGCGCCGUUGACCAAUAGCGGUGCCCUGAUAUCAGACAUCUGGGACGCAAAAACACGAGGGAAGGCGUUGGCUCUAUUCACUCUUGCACCGUUUGUUGGACCAGCCCUUGGACCACUGGUUGGGGGUUAUAUUGCUCAGUCGGGGACGCCAUGGCCUUGGUUGUUCUGGAUUCUCACCAUAUUCGCUGCAGUGUGUUUUGUGUUGAUCUACUUCACUCUACCAGAGACAUAUGCUCCCAUUAUCCUUCUGCACAAAGCGGAGCAGAUUCGUUUGAAAACGGGCGAUCACCGAUAUCAUGCUCCUCUGGAGCUGAUCCAAGCAAAGCAGCUAUACAAGCGACUUGAAGAUAGCCUCACCAGGCCUUUUAAAAUUUUCAUUUGCGAACCAAUGCUCAUCGCAGUCACCGCUUACAUGAGUUUCGUCUAUGGAUGUGUAUACCUGCUGUUCGAAGCAUAUCCUGUAGUGUUCACGGUAGGACACGGCUUUCAGCCAGGCGUUUUGGGGUUGACUUACCUACCUUUGGUCGCGGGCAGCAUAAUGGGCGUUUUUGGAUAUCUCUUGAUAUUUCACCCUCAGUACGCGGCAGCCAUGGACAGGCACAAAGCAGGACUGGUUUCUCCAGAGAUACGUCUUAAUCUGGCUAUGUCUGGAGCGCCCCUAUUCGCCAUCACCUUCUUUUGGUUCGGAUGGACAUCUUAUCCAUCAAUUUCAUACUGGGCGCCAAUGAUGGCAGGUACUUUAAUGGGACUCUCUUCGAUUUGGAUUUUUCUUGCAUUAUUCAACUACAUCAUUGACGUCUAUCUCAUUGCUGCUGCAUCUGCCCUUGCUGCGAACACUGUUUUUAGAAGUGCUGCAGGCGCAGUAUUUCCUCUAUUUGCGUCACAGAUGUACACUGCCCUCGACCCCCGAUGGGCUUCAACUUUACUUGGCUGUAUUGCCUGCAUGAUGAUUCCCAUCCCUAUUGUGCUGAAACGCUAUGGGCCCACGUUACGUGCCAGGUCUCGGUUUGCACCUGCGCUUGUUUGAUAUGAACGCACCGCUUUUGCUUCCAAGGACGUUUCUAUAGUGCUGUCGAUGAUAUCUUUAAUGUUACCAGUACGCACAUAUCUAAUGGACAGUCUAGCUGAAACUGUGAAAACCUCUACCUUCUAUCUUUUCUGUAAGAAUUGUAGGUAGUUGAGACUGUCGUCCGCUCAACGUUCAACCAUCACGGUGAUACUGUAUCGAAGUUGGGACCAUGCCUUGAGAGUUGAGUCACGGCUGGUGAGAACUACGCGAUGGGUUAAAGCUUGUGUUUUCAGUAUUGCCGCGGUGGACAGUAUUUAUGUACAUUAUGGGAACUCUUAGUAAACCGUGCUUACAAGAAUUUAAUUUUCC